GGGAUCGCAUAGGCCGUGCCUGCUCUGUCAGAAAAAUGGUUCAUUUUUAAGUCAUGUAUAUUGUUUGGAUGCAAAAACUUUCAUGUUUCGUAAUUCAUCAAAAAUGGUCAGAUGUGAGGUUCGCGAGGAGCAAGGGGACCUCUUCUCAGCCCCUUUGGCUACUUCUUUGGCUCAUUGUGUGAGCUCUGACAUGAAAAUGGGAGCUGGGAUUGCAGUCCUUUUUCGACAAAAGUUUGGCUGUGUUGAAAAUCUCAAGAAUCAGGGGAAAUCUGUCGGAGAGGUGGCCUAUUUAAAGGACGGACCAAGGUACAUUUUUUACCUUGUGACCAAACAAUGGUUCUACAACAAACCAACGGAGGAAACAUUGCUCAGCUCUCUAGUUGAAAUGAGAGACUUGUGUGAUGAGUUUGGAGUGAAGAGACUUGCUAUGCCACGCAUUGGAUGUGGUCUUGAUGGACUUCAGUGGCCUGUGGUCUAUGAAAUGGUAAAAGAAGUCUUUUCACAUUGUGACAUGGAAGUUACGAUCUAUUCUAUUCCUGACAGAAAGCCAAUGAUUCAAAAAUCCAUGACACCAAACUUGCAGAGGACUCAAGAGAAUUUCCGUAAUUACUUUGAGUCCAAAAGGCCAUCCUCAUUACCAGCAAGUCAAAUGGCAUCAAAACGUAAGAUUCACUCCUAUUCCUAUGACAAUGAUGAAUAUGAUACGCCCAAGAAGAGAAUGAAGACCAGUUCUCAUGAGGACAACCUUUACCAGAGGGAUCAAUCACACUAUCAGCCUACCUCAAAGAGUUCACAUUAUGAUUCCAAGAAUACAUUCAGAAGCCACUUAUCACCACAGGUCAAUUCUGAUUUUAGUGCUGAAAAUGACUUUGAAGAACACCAAUCUCAUGAACUGAUCAGAAGAGGUAAGCAAUCAGCUUCGAGUCCUUGGAACAAGCCAUCAUCCACCCAAACCUCAAGCAAAAACAAGAGUGACUUUUUGGCACUUCCAUCUAAAAGAAGCAGAGAUGUCAUCCCAUUUUUAUCAGAUGAAGAUGCAAGGGGUAAAACUACUACCCGUGAUUCUAAGAGGUCAUCGCUUCAUUUUUCAAGUUUUGAGAAAUCAUCCCCUACUUUCAAGAAUAGGAAGUACUCCACUCAAAAUGACAAAACUGUCAUCCCAUUUUUAUCUGAUGAUGAUACAAGGGAUGAAGUUCCUAGCCGUGAGUCAAAGAGGUCAUCACUAAUUAAUUCAAGUUGUGACAAGUCAUCCCCCAUCGACAAAAAAAGAAAGCACUCAAGACAAGAUGAUUAUUCUAGUGAAGAGGAAGAAUGGAUCCAGAAAAGACAAAGAGCCAAGAGUGAAAAUGAGCAGGGUUCAUCCCAACACCAAAAAUCUCCAGAUAGCAAAAAGAAGUCAAGAGAUCAUGAUAAAAACAAUGAGAUGGAAGACAGAGAUUUAUACAGGAGCAAAAAAAAGAAAGGGAAGGAUUCCGGUGGAAGCAGGGAAAGGAAAUCUAGAGAUUCUAUUAGAAGCAAGGAAAGGAAAUCAAGAGACUCCAGUAGAAGUGAGGAAAGAAAAUCUCGCGACUCCAGCAGAAGUGAGGAAAGGUAUAAAUCUAGAGACUUCAGUAGAAGUAAAGAAAGAAAAUCUAGCAACUCCCAUAGAAGCAAGGAGAAAAAAUCUAGAGAGACUAGUAGAAGUGAGGACAGAAAAUCUAGAGACUCCAGCAGAAGUGUGGAAAGGGGUAAAUCAAGAGACCGGAGUAGAAGUGAGGGAAGAAAAUCUAGAGACUCCCGUAGAAGCAAGGAAAGGAGAUCUAGAGAUUCUAGUAGAAGCCAAGAUAGAAAAGCAAGAGGUUCUGGUCGAAGCAAUGUUAGAAGAUCUAGAGAUUCAAGUAGAAGUGAGGAAAGAGAACCUUUAAACAAAAGCUGGCAGAAGAGUUUUCAACACUCAGAUCAGAGUGACAAUGAGAGCACAGAGGUUACACCAAGUGAAUCCAUAAGGACAAAAGAGAGACAUCAAAGUUUUGGAGAAAAAGUCUCUGCAAGCUCUUCACAAAAAAAUAGCAUGACAAGUAACCAGCAUGGAAGACAAGGCCAUUAUGUUACAGAAUAUUAUUCCUAUAAAGUCAAAAAAGUUGUCCACAAUUACCCCUCCCUCAACAUUUGCAAGAAAGAAAAAAGGACGUCAACAUCUGUUCCAACAGGUGGUUUGUACUCAGACAAGCCAGAUGCCAGUAAUAGUGUUAAGAAUAGAUUGUCAUUGAACUGCAAAUGAUUCUUAUGACUUUUCACUCAUUAUGAAAACUAUUUUAUUUUACCAUAUCAUACUUAAUUAGAUAACUGAAAGUGUAAGAUUUUGAAAAGGAAUAAAUCAGUUUUCUGUAAACUAA